GCAGACCUUCCCGGAGAGAACAUUCCUCCCUUUCCUGGCGCAGGGGCAGAGCAGGGAUGGCUUCAGGAAAGAAGUUUAUGCCGCGUUCAGGCAGAGAGGAGAAGGGCAGGGAGUUUUUCUUGUCUUGGCUUUUUCACAAUCUCCUUCAGCUCAAAGUCGUCCUUAUGGCAAAGCGGGUUAUUUCUGGGAGGCCAGGUCUGACGCCCCCAACCCCGCUGUACCGGCAGAGCUCCGACAGUGGGAGACUUGGCCAGAGGAAGGGCCACAUGCAGACCACAAGGAACUCGUCCCUCGCAGACGGUGGCACGGGGUGGACUCUGAUGGGCGGACAGGUGAGCACUUCCGGCAGCUUCCGGAGCCUGCCGUGCACCACAAAUGCGGACUGGAUGUCGGCGCUGUGCCCGGUACUCUGGGACGUGCCCCUCCACCAGCUGUCCAUCCCAGGAAGCCACGACACCAUGACCUACUGCCUGAACAAGACGUCGCCCAUCUCCCAGACCCAGUCCCGGCUGCUGCAGCUGCUGGGCAAGGUCCUGCCCUGCGUCACCCGCCCCGUGGUGCUCCGGUGGUCCACCACCCAGGUGCUGGGUGUCACGGAGCAGCUGGACGCGGGCGUGCGGUACCUGGACCUGCGGAUCGCACACAUGCGGGACGGCUCGGAGAAGAACCUGCACUUUGUGCACAUGGUGUACACAACGUCGCUGGUGGAGGACACGCUCACGGAGAUCUCCGAGUGGCUGGAGAGCCAUCCCCGGGAGGUGGUCAUCCUGGCCUGCAGGGACUUCGAGGGCAUGACGGACGGCCUGCACGAGUACCUGGUCGCCUGCAUCAGGAACAUCUUUGGGGACAUGCUGUGUCCGCGAGGGGAGAUGCCGACACUGAACCAGAUGUGGUCACGCGGCCAGCAGGUCAUUCUGUCCUACGAGGAGGACAGCGUUGUGAACCGGCACGCAGAGCUGUGGCCUGGGAUCCCCUACUGGUGGGGCGACCAGGUGAAACCCCAGGAGCUCAUCCGCUACCUGGAGCGCAUGAAGAGCUGUGGCCGCCCGGGUGAGCACGUCCUGUCCACUCACGGGACCCCAGCCUGCAGGCGGGCUGUUCGUGGCGGGCAUCAACCUGACGGAGAACCUGGCGUACGUCCUGGGGCACCCGACCGAGUCCCUCAGGAAGAUGACGCUCCCCAGCCUGCCGUGCCUCCGUGCGUGGGUCCGGGAGCAGAGCCCGGGGCCGGGCGCUCAGUGCACCAACAUCAUCGCGGGCGACUUCAUCGGGGCGGACGCGUUCGUGGGCGACGUCAUAAGACUCAACGAGAAGCUGCUUCGAUGCUGACCCCUUCCGCAGCUCCCGCGGACGGUGGGCGGGCAGCGUGGACCCGGGGCAGGCUCCCUGCCUCCCCCUGACGUCCGGGCGUCCCCGGGGGUGGCCCCGGGCUUCCCAGGUCUUUGGCGUUCCCUGGGCGGAUUCAAGGAACCUGGUCACGGCUCACGGUGCCGUGUGCUCGCAAUGGAGAGGACGGACGGAACCCGGGGUCUGCUCGAGGUGCAGCCCAGGCAGGGCCGUGGCCGCCGUGGGGCGUCCCUUCUCCUGGGGCCUCGAGGGCAGCAGGAGGACGUCCUCAUGGCUUCCAGCAGCCGCGUGAGACCUCGUCACACCGUGUCUGUUGGGUAGGACUGAGUGCGCCGGAAUCUCAGUGAGAAAACCACGGAUACGGGGAAAAGCUCCUUCUCAUUCUCGUGGCAUCACGGCCUGUGUGUCUCCCCGAGGGCCGUGGGCCCUGGGGGCUGGUUUCACGUCGGCUCCCCUGAUGGUCAUGGAGGCCCGUGAGGGGCCGUCAGAGGGCGAGGGCUGCCGUGCACACACUCCCUGCCCCUUCCCAGACGGGGAUGCGGGUGUGACCGGCAGGUGUGCCCAGGCCGGUGGCUGCCGUGGCGUCCUCGUCUUCGCAACCAGCCCCUGGAGCGGCCAGUCUGUGCUGCUCCGACCUCCUGCCGGCAGCCCCAGGCCCCUCGCGCUGCCCAGUGCGUCAGCCCCGCUGGGAGGCUGCCCUCCACCGUCUCCGAAGUUGAGCUUCCUGAUCCCGUCUCUGGUUUGGGCGCCUGUCACCGUUCCGUGUCCCAUAGCCACGCUGGGCAUUUGUCACCGUUCCGUGUCCCAGAGCCACGCUGGGCAUUUGUCACCGUUCCGUGUCCCAGAGCCACGCUGGGCAUUUGUCACCGUUCCGUGUCCCAGAGCCACGCUGGGCAUUUGUCACCGUUCCGUGUCCCAGAGCCACGCUGGGCAUUUGUCACCGUUCCGUGUCCCAGAGCCACGCUGGGCAUUUGUCACCGUUCCGUCUCCCCAUCCCAUGUUUUCUCAAGGUCCGUCUGUUCCCACCGCUCACGGAGACCAGGACGUUCCCUGGAUUGUCUCAUUCCUCUGUCCCGAGGCUCUGCGUUUGGGGGCCUUGUGGACGGCGGUGGGACAGCCCCUGCCCAGGCUGGCGGGUCCCCGCAGACGAACGGCGGACGUGGGAGAAUGUGUCUUCCCCCAGAGAGAAGCGCCCCGUCCUCCAUGGCUCACGCGUCGCUCCGAUGGGGGAGCGCCCGGAGCUCACAGGCUGGACCGACUCGCUCGCUCCUUGGACGCAGGACAGGCUUCGCGUGCGUGAAAUCCCAAUAAAGCGAGUCAGAGGA